CCUCAUCAGUCCGGUCUGAGCAAAGUGUCAGCGGCCGCAGCCACACUUAGCUUCAUCAAUCCGGACGUUGAAAUCGAAGCACAUAAUUACAACAUCACUCUGAUGGAACAUUACGAGCACUUUCUAAGUCGAAUACGGCAGGGUGGUCGAGUGGCCGGUCAGCCAGUAGAUCUGGUGCUUAGCUGCGUGGACAAUUUUGAGGCACGAAUGACCAUCAAUAAAGCUUGUAACGAAUUGAAUCAGGUUUGGUUUGAGUCUGGCGUAAGUGAGGAUGCGGUCAGUUGUCAUAUCCAGCUGUUGUAUCCCGGUCGCACACCUUGUUUCGAAUGCCUGCCCCCGUUGGUUGUGGCCAGUGGUUUAGACGAGAAAACCCUGAAACGUGAAGGUGUUUGCGCAGCUUCGUUGCCGACCACAAUGGGCCUGGUAGCCAGUCUACUGGUCCAAAACACACUGAAAUGGUUGUUGAAGUUCGGUGAGGUAACCAGCUAUCUGGGCUAUGGUGCUGCCAAAGAUUCCUUCUAUCGGGUUAAUUUACUUCCGAACCCGCAUUGUGCUGACCACUGGUGUUGUCGUCGACAAGAAGAACGCAGAAAACAACUGGAAAGUUUAGGUUUACCCACUAAUUCGCCGUGGAAUGCCGAAGAAUUGGAAGCUGCUGCCAAGUUGGCUAAGCAGAAAGCUCAGCUAGCCGCGUCUAAACCGAAACACGAGGAGAACGAAUACGAAAUUGAGGUUGACUCAGAUGGGGAGUCUGGAGAAACCACCAAUAAUGCUGACCAAACCAACCGGGACCAAAUUCAAUCAUUGGGAGAGGGUGUACGUCCCGUAUAUCAAGUCGCGAAUUCGGCAAAACAAUCUGAUGCCCCCUCGCUAGACGGGCCGGAGGUUUCCACCACAGAAGCUUACAGUUUGGAGGCUUUGAUGGCUCGAAUGAAACAGCUGUGA